AGCGCAACGCCACUUUUGAUUUUUGAAUCGAACUUCACUGACAUAUUUGCUGCUUUUUUCCAGAUUUUCCUCCCAUUCCAGUAUUGUACAGAAGUAGAAUCUGAGUGAAACUGAGAUACAUGGCUAAUCUCCCUCCGAAUCUCUCGAUGGGCGCCGCCGCCGCUUUCGGAGGAGGAGGUCCUGGCUCUUCCUCCGCCACCGCCGUCGGCGCUCAGCCCAACAAGGAACGCAAAAUGCAAUCCGCUGAGCAGCUCGUGCUCGACCUCAGCAAUCCUGAUCUCCGAGAGAACGCUCUUCUCGAGCUCUCCAAGAAGAGAGAACUAUUUCAAGAUUUGGCCCCACUACUAUGGAAUUCAUUUGGUACUAUUGCUGCACUCUUGCAGGAAAUUGUCUCCAUCUACCCAGUUUUGUCACCACCAAACCUCACUCCUGCUCAAUCUAAUAGAGUUUGCAAUGCACUCGCACUUCUUCAGAUAUCUGCAGACCAUGUGUCCUUAUCUAAAGACUCAUCUUUUGGCGCUUUUAUUUCUGAAGCUAAUCAACCAUUCCAUUAUGGUUUGCAGUGCGUAGCCUCUCACCCAGACACCAGAAUGCUGUUCCUUAAUGCUCAUAUUCCUCUGUAUUUGUAUCCUUUUCUUAAUACAACAAGCAAAUCAAGACCUUUUGAAUACCUGAGGCUUACUAGCUUAGGUGUCAUUGGUGCCCUGGUAAAGGUUGAUGACAAUGAUGUUAUCAAUUUCCUUCUAUCAACUGAAAUAAUUCCACUCUGUCUGCGCACAAUGGAGAUGGGCAGUGAGCUCUCAAAAACAGUUGCAACUUUCAUUGUGCAAAAAAUCCUUCUGGAUGAUAUGGGUUUGGAAUACAUAUGUACCACAGCGGAGAGGUUUUUUGCAGUAGGCAGGGUGUUGGGAAACAUGGUGGUUGCCCUUGCUGAGCAGCCCUCGUCUAGGUUGCUCAAGCAUAUCAUUCGGUGUUACCUUCGGUUAUCCGAUAAUCCAAGGGCUUGCGAUGCACUCAGAAGUUGUCUUCCUGACAUACUUAGGGAUGCCACGACCUUCAGCAAUUGCCUUCAUGAGGAUCCAACAACAAGGAGGUGGCUUCAACAGCUGCUUCAGAAUGUGCAAGGUCCUCGUGCUCCCCUUCAAGCAGGUGGAGGAUUUGAUCAUAUGAUGGUGAGCUAAAUUGGCUUGGCCUGACCUCGUUGUGAAUCUGCUGCAUAUAGUAAUGCCUGAACGUAAAAUCCCCAGAGAAGUUCUUUCGCUCUACAUUGAGGUUAAAUUUUUUCCCAUUGAUUGUGCAGUAACCUCAAUCUCCAGGAACGUAAAAAAUUCAGAUCCUUGCAGAUCCUUGCAGACUUUAUCGACUUCUAUUAUUUAUGUUAUCCAAUGAGAUAGUAUUUAAACUCUUUUUCCUAGCUUAGGGUUCACAUAUUUCAAGAGCCAGGCUCUAUUUGGCAUACUUAGCUUUUAAGCUAGUUUAAAGCUAAAAGCUUAAAACUACUUAGAGUAGUGUUUUAAAAUAAGCUAUUAUUUUAACAUUUUUAUGUUUUACAAAAUAAAACUUAUAGCUUAUUUGUAGCUUAAAAUAAGCUCUACCAAAUGUAGCCGUAUUAUACUUACAGUCUGAUUGUUGAAAAUAACUUGCAACUAUAAAUAGUUAAAUUGUUUAGUUGGUUAGA